GGCAAUUUAAAGCUCUUUGUUGUAUGUAGUGCAUCUUAGAAUCUGUCAGAGAGUGCAACCAGGAAUUACAUUUUACUCUUGUGCUUGUAAGAAGCCUGAUUUUGAGAGAAAUGGCACACAACUUAUGCAGGUGCAUGGUGACAGAUCCCGGGUAUCCUUUGGGAAUAUCAAAUCAAUCAUGAGAUUGUGAGAGGAAUUCAGUUGAGCACUGAAUUAGUGUCCAAUGGAAUGUAUUCAUGUGUAACAUCCCACUGUCUAAAUGACACCAAAAUGGCUCCUAGUCCUUGAAAGACUUUACCACGAUUAGCUGGAGGAAUUGGCUGUUUGUGUCAAUCACUCUCCAGCACCGGCUCUUUCCAUAGUUCUGUAGGUGAGAGACGCUGGCUUUCCGAUGAGGGAGACAACAGUAGCAGCAGCUGCCAGGAUUUUCUGUGGUGAUUAAAUACUUCUUGUGUCUUUUCCGUUGCUAUAAUCCUUGUACCAGAGAAAGAAGCUGCAUGAGAAUAAUGGUGAAUAGAGCAGUGAAUCGUUCCAGCUGGCUGCAUCUUAAAGAGGACUCUGUAUAGAAUAGGAUUGGGCUCCCUUGUUCAGUCACUGGAGCAGCAGCAUUUUAAGGAGUUUCUCCUAGAAAUUAUUCCAGAAAAAGAGCUUCUUCUUUGCUCAGUUUUAGUCACAUUUCUGCACGAGAUAAUUGCAGUUCAUUUGGAUAAGUUAUUCUGUGAGAAUCAGCAGUGACAGGAAAACUUUCAUAUAUUUUAAUAGCUUUGUCUUGUAGCUGACUGCCUUAAGACAUUGGGAUUUGCAGAGCAGAGAUUCUAAUGUCAUAUUGCCAAAAGGACAUUCCUAUAUGUAAUGCAAUGAUUACACAAAACCAUUUUGAAUACUGGAAACUCCAUGCAUUCCUCUUAACAUGGUAUGUUAAAAAAAGAGCAUAAAGAAAAUAAUUAUAUAGAAAAAGAAGGCACCACUGUUGAAAAUGAAUUUUGCCAUAAAACUUCGCAGAAAUUUGCGAAGGCUGGUGAUCCUGCUCGCCACCUUCUGCAUGGUAAGCAUUCUCAUAUCUGCCUACUACUUGUACAAUGGCUACAAUCAGGAGACUGAACUCUCAGAGGGCACUCCAGAAAUGGAAUGUGGAGACCUCAAACUUCUUCCUUACCGAUUAAUGGAAAUGAAAAUUGCAAAGCCCAUAGACAUCUCCAAGACUGACCCAGUCAUCCUGGUUUUUGUGGAAAGUCAAUACUCACAACUCGGGCAGGAUAUCAUAGCAAUCCUGGAGUCCAGUCAGUUUCAGUAUCAUUCAGAAAUUGCUCCAGGCAAAGGUGAUGUCCCACCUCUCACAAAUAAAGGAAGAGGGAGGUAUGCGCUUAUCAUCUACGAAAAUAUGUUGAAAUACGUGAAUAUGGAUUCCUGGAAUAGGGACCUCCUAGAUAAAUACUGUGUGGAGUACAGUGUUGGAAUCAUUGGUUUUCACAAAGCAAAUGAGAACAGUUUACCAAGUGUUAAGUUGAAGGGCUUCCCUUUGUACCUUCAUACCAAUGUAGGCCUGAAGGAUUGUUGUGUUAAUCCUCGUUCUCCUUUGCUCUACAUCACCAAAGCUUCGGAAGCUGACAGAGGACCAUUACCUGGAGAGGACUGGACUGUGUUUCAGUCCAACCAUUCCACAUAUGAACCAGUGUUGCUAGCUAAGUCUAGAACUUCAGAAAAUAUUCCGCCAGCCAUCUCUGGACAUGCUCUGCACACAACUGUAAUACAGGACCUGGGCCUUCACGAUGGCAUUCAUCGCGUCCUGUUUGGCCACAACCUUAAUUAUUGGUUGCACAAGCUCAUAUUUGUAGAUGCCAUCUCUUUCCUUUCAGGGAAGAAACUAUCCUUGUCUUUGGAAAGAUAUGUUCUUGUGGACAUUGAUGAUAUCUUUGUGGGGAAGGAAGGAACCAGGAUGAAUGUCAAUGAUGUAAAGGCCCUUCUUGAUACGCAGAAUCUACUGAGAAGUCAUAUUACAAAUUUCACAUUCAACCUUGGAUUUUCAGGGAGGUUCUACCACACAGGUACGGAGGACGAGGAUGAGGGAGAUGACUUGUUGAUGAAGUAUGUGGACGAGUUCUGGUGGUUUCCUCACAUGUGGAGUCACAUGCAGCCCCAUCUUUUCCAUAACGAGUCAUCCCUGGCUGAGCAGAUGAUUCUCAACAAGGAGUUUGCACUGGAGCAUGGUGUCCCCACAAACAUGGGCUAUGCAGUGGCUCCACACCACUCCGGUGUUUACCCCGUACAUGUACAGCUGUACGAGGCUUGGAAGAAGGUCUGGGGUAUCAAAGUGACGAGCACUGAGGAGUAUCCACACCUGAAACCAGCAAGAUACAGGAGAGGAUUCAUUCACAACAACAUAAUGGUACUUCCCCGGCAGACCUGUGGCUUGUUUACCCACACUAUAUUCUACAAGGAGUACCCUGGGGGCCCGAAGGAGCUGGACAAAAGCAUCAAGGGAGGGGAGCUCUUUCUUACAGUUCUGCUCAAUCCGAUCAGCAUCUUUAUGACACAUUUAUCCAACUAUGGGAAUGACCGACUGGGACUGUACACUUUUUCAAACCUGGCCAACUUUGUUCAGGGCUGGACUAACCUCAGACUGCAGACACUGCCACCGUUUCAGCUGGCUCGCAAGUACUUUCAGCUCUUCCCUGAGCAACAUGAUCCAAUUUGGCAGAAUCCAUGCGAUGACAAGCGACACAAGGAUAUCUGGUCGAAAGAGAAAACCUGUGAUCGUUUGCCCAAAUUCCUGGUUGUAGGACCUCAGAAGACUGGUACCACUGCUAUGUACCUGUUCCUUGUAAUGCACCCUUCCAUUACCAGCAAUUUCCCCAGUCUGAGGACCUUUGAGGAGGUGCAGUUUUUCAAUGGGAACAACUACCAUAAAGGGAUAGACUGGUACAUGGACUUCUUCCCAGUCCCCUCUAAUGUGACCUCUGACUUUCUGUUUGAGAAAAGUGCAAACUACUUCCCUUCCGAAGAUGCUCCAAAGCGUGCGGCUGCCCUAGUUCCAAAGUCAAAGAUAAUCACUUUACUCAUCAAUCCUUCUGACCGGGCAUACUCUUGGUACCAGCACCAGAGGGCCCAUGAAGAUCAUGCUGCUCUGAAGUACAGUUUCUAUGAGGUGAUUUCUGCAGGACACCAUGCCCCAGCAGAGCUCAGAUCUCUUCAGAAUAAAUGUCUGGUGCCAGGCUGGUAUGCUAUCCAUAUUGAACACUGGCUCACUUACUACCCUCCUUCUCAGUUGCUGAUCAUUGAUGGGCAGCAGCUGAGGAGUGACCCCGCUGCUGUAAUGGAUGAAGUCCAGAAGUUUCUAGGCGUGUCCCCAUAUUACAACUACUCACAGGCCCUAACCUUUGAUCCCCAGAAAGGAUUCUGGUGUCAGCUACUUGAAGGCGGGAAGACUAAAUGUCUGGGGAAAAGCAAAGGCAGGAAAUAUCCCCCUAUGGAUUUAGAGUCUCGGACAUUCCUGUCAAGAUACUACAAAGACCACAAUGUUCAACUAUCCAAGUUGUUGCACAGACUAGGCCAACCACUGCCUUCUUGGCUAAGAGAGGAGCUUCAGAAAGUGAGAUAACAAUGAAGAGGAGGUUCAAGAAAGGACUUGAUACACCUUCAAACUCAAAAACCCUCAAGUAAAAUAGAAAUGGGUUUUAUACUUACCUCUUCAGGAAAAAAAAAAAGAGUUUUCCAUGUGCUGGCAUAUGGUAUCAUGAGUACAAGACCUUGUGAAAAACAUAUGUGGUUGGUUGUAGAUAUUAAAAAGUCGGAAAAAUAUUCUAAAUCCAGUUCAGGACCUGCAGGAUGGGUAAAGGUAAUUUGUUGUGUGAGCGUGAACCUGUGACUGCUGUGAUUGUUGUUUUAAUUUAUGAUUCCAGUGCAGUGCUGGUCAGCUGUCUGGUAUCUGUAUAUAUUUGCACUAAAUUACAUUCCAUGCUUCACUUGCUGAGUGUUUUGUCAUAUAUGUAUAGCGAGAGAAACAGAUACACAACAGUGCUUGGCACAGUUACUGCUGGGCAUGCUAAGAGUACAGUAAUUAAUGUGUUGCUAAACCUCUAUGACAGAGGACUCAUUCAAAAUAAAUGUUCAGGAAAAAAAAGGUGUGUGAGCACAUUGUUUCACAAAACUGCAUUUAAAUCCAGCAGCUUUUUAUGACAACUGGUUACAUCACAUCUUUAGUUCACACUGCACUGAACAUCCAUUUGUCCAUUUGUAUUUGUUAUAAUGGGAAUUUUUAGUUUCUUGAAAAUAAAGCUUUGUAUUAUAAUUUUUUUUUUUAUCUGUAACCAAAAUGUUCAAAACCCAGAGGAACUUAUUUUGAGAGAUAUUAUUUACAGUAACAUGUGACCUACUGAUACCAUGUUUCCCCUCUUUAUGCAUACCAAUAAAUGUUCUUUUAUGCUAAAUGGCCUUAUUUAAAAUUGAUAUGUUGAAGAACUGUAUUCUGUUCGAACAACUUAAUUGACGUUUCACCUACAGUAAAAUACUUUUUUUAUAGGCUUGCCUUUUUACUGUACCCCUGGAACCUGGUUUCAUACUUUCAAUACACAGACUGUUAAUAGUUGUUGUUUUGGGGUGUUAUUUUAUUAUAAGGUCUUAGUCAAGAGUAAAAAAAAAAACAUACAACU